AUGGCGGUCCUAGAUGGUCGAGAAGGAUAUGCAAAGGUGGCUUGUCUAAUGAGCCGCCACCAUGAAUUUGGCAUCUUUCGAAGCUUCGACGAAUUGAAUUACCAGAAUCUCCUCUACCUGCAAGCCGAACUCACGCACCUUGAGCAGGAAUUGAAAGAGAUCUCGCACAGAGAUAAGUUCUCAGGGCAUCCGAUCCGGCAUAUUCAUGCAAGACACUGGCAGUUGUUGAAGGACUCCCAGCAGGAUGGACACGAUGAACAAUUCCGAAAGAUCAUGCAAAUCAGAACCUCACUGGAAGAGUACAAUGAGGCUCUUCUCCGACAACAAAGACUAUCGUGUCUGAAGAAGCCCACAAAAUACAAGAUCAACUUCCUUCGUGAUUGGCGGGAUAGCCCCAAAAUGGGAGGGCAGCCAAUCAUAAGCGACGACCGGCACGCGUGGAGUGAGGCUCACGAAGACGAUCUAAUUACCACUGCCGACCCCAAUCAAAUGGACGCCACCAGUACAUGGAUAUCAGAAAAACUUCUUCCCAACUAUCACUGGUGGAUUGGCAAGCAUUACAAGGCACCAAUUGACGCGGAACCAUUGACCGGGAUCGCAAACUACUCCAACAAGGGAAUUAUCAAUGCGGUCGAUAUCCUAGCCACUACCGUUUCAUGCCUAUUCUCAAUUCUAUCCAUCGUCGCUCUGUAUUUUAUUCAGAGUAUUGCACUUCGCAUCGGGAUGACGGCCAUCUUCACGGCGGUAUUCUGUCUCUGUCUCGCUGCGAUGACUGAGGCUCGGAGGAUCGAGAUCUUUGCGGCAACAUCAGCAUUUGCUGCGGUGCAAGUUGUCUUCAUCGGCACGACGGGUAACUGUUCAGGCAGCGGCAAUUGA